AUGCCAGUAAAUAACCAAAAUAAUCAAUUAUCAUAUCUUGGUUUUAACGAAAGAGACAAAACUUUGUUUCUUCCAGCUGAAAGGAAUAGACAACAAAAGCCUAUUACCGAAACCGGGAUACUUCAGAAAAAGAAUGAAACUGAAGUAGUGUUAAUACUGGAUAUUGAUGAUGAAAUGGAAGAUGAUAAAGAUAGGAAUGAUAUUCAAGACCAAGAUGAGUAUACUUUUAUGACCAUCCAUAAGGCAGAAAAACAAUAUUUAAACGCUGAUAGUUUAUCUCGAAUUUAG